AUGUUUCCAGCGUCUCAAGAAUGUAGCCCUUGCGCAUCAUCGGACUCGAUUGCCUGCUUGGCAGACAUUCCAGGUGUUCAGCCGCAGUCUUGUGCUCAAUCUGGAGGCUCUGAAAUCAAGUUCAAUGUUCUUGCUUUUGAAAAGUCAGAUUUGGUAGCAUGGGUGCAGUUUCCUCCCAACAUUUCACUACCGGUUCCUGUCUCCCAGCUCUCAAAAGCUCUUGUUUCGGCCAACUGUCCUCCUACAUCUUUUGCAGGAACAGAGUCAGGAUUCUUUCUCGAUGCUGAGAUGAAGCGUCUCGCAAAGUUCUCAUUCACCUACAACUUUCCGCUCCCAACAGUUUUUCCUGCAACGGUCUUGACGUCUGGACAAGAAGCGAUCAACAUUAUGUUUUAUACUUGGCCUUCCGGCUUUCCAUUGCAAUGCUCCAUCUACAUCGGAUUGCUUCAUAUGUGGAAUUAUUCUUCUGUUGUUCAAACUUCGAACUCAAUGCUUGUCCACGGAUUAUCGCCCACUAUCAGCACUGCGGAAUCUCGUUCAAUCUUCUUUGAAUGCGAUGGAACAUUUCAUCCAACCGGAGCUUAUUUGAACUUCCUAGCAUCCCCGUCGUUGCAGGAUUUGAAAUUCAUGAACUCAGAUUGCAGUGUAGUCAAGAGCUGCUCCUUGCAGGCUACCCUGCUGAACAUCCCCCAAUCUUUCAAUCGGAAGAAUGGGAUGGUGGUUGUCAUAUACGGCCCUGACAAAGAGAUCCUGCUUUCGAAUGCCCGCAGAGAUUUGCAUCUCAAGGUUUUGUCCUCUGACGCAGAAAAAGUAGUCAUCGAGAUCUCGAUUCCGCCAUUGCUCAAGGUUCGAGUUGGGAGCACUAUAUUCUCUGUGAUUGAGAUUAUCUUCUCGGACAUGUUUGGAAGUUCAGUUGUGGCAGAAAUUUCAAGCAAUGCUCCAAAAGUGGAGGCUUUGACAGUUUUUCAACAAGACAAAUCGGCAAGAGCAGAAGUUUUAUUUUUUUCACUAUCAACACAAGCAUUAUGUGUGAAGGGUUGCAUUGCUCCCAUGUCAAGACGAACCCUCAUGAGCAUUCAACUUACCGGAUUUCCCCCAUCUCUCACAUCUUCAAGCUUCAUCUUCACCUUGAGCAACUCUUCGACCGGCAUUAAGAGUCUGAUAUUCUCAGGUGGCAAAUACCUUGUCAGCAUCGAGACUCCUUCCGUCCUGUCUCAGACUUUGCCUCUGCAAACGUACUUCUUGCGUGCAGCUCUCAAGGGAGACGAGACUGUCGCAGGCAUCGCUAACUUCACCCUCGUCACAUCGCCCAAGUUGACAGGAGCAAGCUUCAACGGCUUUGGCUCGCAGCUCACUCUCGAUUUUGACCAGGACACCAACGCACCUUUAAGACGAGUAGACUGCUCGUUGGUGAUCGCCGCAGGAAACCUAUCCUCUCUGGGCAAUGGAUAUCACUGUUACUGGCUGACAGCAAGCCAGCUCAGAGUAUUUCUCGGAAGAGAAGCCGUCCUCAUGCCAACAAACACCCUUAGCUUCAUCGGCAAUGUGAGCGACUUCCAAGGAAUCUCCAGCACGGAAGGAGUUGAACAGUCGGUCGUGGUCGACGCUCCAAGCCUUCUGCCCGCUCCUCAAGUCACUCUUACCGGACCAAACCAGAUCUCCUACUGCGAGAAUGCGGAGCUGGUGGCAAACGUUGACUCUCCUCGGCCAGCAAGCUUUACUUGGAGCGUUGUCAACGAUCUUGCUCUCAACGACCUUAUAGCGGAUGUUUCCGGUCCCGUCUUGAGGUUGACUCCUUCCAUGCUUCAAACAGGGAUGACGUACAAUAUAACUGCUUCAGUGUUGACGUUCUUGGGUGCGUCUGCAACGUCCUCGACUCAUAGUCUCUUUGUCAGCGCCAAUCCGAUCCCAACGCUAAACAUCGAUGUUGCUCCCUCCCCAUACGUUCGUCCUACCCCGAUCUUCUUUGCUUCUCAGGCGACUUUCGCGCCAUGUGACACAAACAAGGGACAGAUUCAGAUGACGUGGCAGGUCUCGCUGGCAGGGGUUUCCAUUCUCAGCGGAGAUGGCCCUUUCUUUGAAGCCAAGACCACUGAGCUUGUGGCUGGCAGUCAAUACAUGUGUACCUUGUCUGGGUUUACCGUGCAGGGAGAUAUCUUGAUAACAGAAGUACCGUUCAUCGUAGGAUAUGCAGGAACAAAGGCAAAGAUUGAGGGAGGUAACAGAACCCUCUCGAUCACAGACGAUGUGGUUCUCAACGCCUCAAGCUCUGAAGACUUGGACACUUGUGAGGGAGUGGUGAAGAACCAGUCCUGUUCCUCCUACCCAUUGAUGUUCCAGUGGUCAUGCUAUCUCUGUGGCAGUCCAUGCAGGACUGUGAAUGGAUCUUUGGUCUCUUUGCCAAGUUCGUCUGCAUUUGUUUACAAUUUCCAACACUUGGACUUUUCCGCGUGCAACCUCAUCCAACUCCAAGUGCGAGUAUCCUCCGGCAUGCAGACUGACAUGACGUCCGUCUUUCUCAACAUCACAACGGGGCUUUCACCAGGAGCACAGAUCCAAGUAGUGAGUGAGGAUACGUUCAUGAUCUCGUUAAAAGGCUCCUGCAAGACUUCUUGCUCAGAGUACCAAUGGUCAAUUUACGACUCCAAUGGGAAUCUCCUCGCCGGCAAUCAAUGGGAAGCUGAGAACCCGAGCCUUCCAGCUGGACUCAAAGCAGAGAAUCUUGUGGUGUACCGAUCCUUCUUCUCUCCCGGCACGUACAGAAUUGAGCUCUCUGCGAUCACCGGGAGAAUCUCAGGCCGUGCAACCAAGUCCCUGUACAUCUCCUUCCCUCCCACCGGAGGACAAUGCACUGUCUUGCCCACCACUGGAGUUGCCCUGAUAGAUACUUUCACUUGCACCUGUCAGUACUGGAUAUCAUCGGCCAGGCCUCUUUUCUAUGUGUUUGCGAUCCACCCCAGCAGUCAAAGUUCUGAGGUCUCGUCAAGUGCUCCAUCGAGCUUGACUUCUUACUCCUUCUCCCUGCCAGCUGGAGGAUACCUUGUUUACGCAGAGAUCAUUGACAGUGACGGGAACAUUGCGGUGUCAGAAAAAACCAGCAUUCAAGUCGUACACGCACCUGUUGUUGUUAAUUCUUCAUCCUUAAGCGGAUCUGAAUUUGCUGACGUCAGCAAAGUCCUUGACGACAUGAACAGUCUUGGGAGCGUUUCGCAGAUCUUACAGUUGAGCUCGAGUUUUGCCAGCAGUCUGGAGACAGGAGAAGCAGCGAAAAGAAGGUUGCUGGCAUCUUCACUAGCUUACAGGAUGCGGGUGCGAACUAUGCUUCUACGCUCCAUGGCGAAAGGCCCCGUGAAAACCUCAAUGAAUCAGAGGACGGCAACUUCAGCUUUGACCACAAGUCUCAAACUCAACAAUCAACCGUCCGAGAUUGACUUGGCAGCGUUUUCAGACUCGAGUGAAGUGAUUGAAUCUUGUGCAGGCCAUUUGAGGGCUAGUGACCUGCGUCAAGGGUUGUUUGUGAGAUUGUUCGCAACAGAAGACAAUCGGAUUGAGGUUUCAAAGAGAUACAACAAAACUUUGAGAGAUGUAACCAUGUUGUCUGUGCUGAAUGUCCUGCUGCAGACUUGCGAGGUCUACUUGACUUCCAUGGUUUCAUCAGAAAAGCCAGUGUCCUUGUCUUCUGUGAACAUGAAGGUUUACACUUUCCGACUGAGAUCAGACUUGAAACAAUACAACUUCACAACCUGGACCUACUCUUUCGACCUCAGGUUCGCCUUUCCUAAUGACGUGCUAGUGACUCAGAGUGGCGAUCUUGGUCUGUACGUGGCAGAGAUGUACGCGUUCUGGAGACUGGACUACCUGCAUGCUCUGCAGUACCAUGAGGUUUCUGAGAAGCCGAUCCUCUUCCUUCCCGUCUACCCCGGCAAAUCUUUGGGCUCCAUGUUCAAAUGCCCGUCACAGAACAAGUUUUGCCUCCGUGUCAAACUUUCCUUGCCUCGCGUCCACAUUAACAGAACUGAAAACUACCUCUUUGACCUGAAGCAGCAGCUUGCAUGCGUUCUGUGGUUGACCAACGUCAGUACCUGGUCAUUGGACGCCUGUCAGCUGACGUCGGUCAUAGAGACCAACGAGAACUCCCUUGCCGUUUUCUGCUCCUGCUCGAGUUCUGGUGCUCUUGUCGUGAUGAGAAACUUGCAAUAUACGGCUCUCUACCCGUCGCUUGGGCUGAUGCCAAUAAAGCAACGGACAGCGAAUUGGGCGAUGUUUACGAUAAUCAUUGUAACUCUCUUGUUUGGCCUUCUGAUCUCCCUUGUGAUGUUCAACAACAGCAGCUUGAGCAACUUCUUGAGAGAAGACAAGCUAAUGAAACGUCAUAUACAGCAUCAGCAUCAGUGUCUGAUCGGGGAAAUCGUCUUUGCAACUGUUGGACACGUGGAGACCAAGGAAGACCUGGACCCGGGUUUUUCACAUCUCCGGAGACAUGACAGAUUGUGUUACGACUUGUUGGACGAGAUAGGACUGGGCAGGAAUCCUUUCCAUUCUAUGUGGCCCGAAGAAGAAACUAUCUGCAAAACUUUCAAGAAAAAGGAUUCAAAGGUCAUCCUACGAAAGAAGUGUAAAGUGCCUGACACCAGCUACAAGCUGGCUUGA